UGACGGGUAGUUUAGUUAAGUAACGGCUAGUUUUGUAAAGCGAAGGCUAGUUUAGUUCAACGAUGGCUACUUUACUUUAGCGAAAGUUUCGUGGACUUCCGUUCCCAUGCUGUAUUAGCAUAAAUGAAGCUACUUUAUGCAAAUGAGCUCUGGAGCGACGCACCAUAUGUUAGCUAUGACAGUCGUGGUAGUGGCUAACGGUGUAGCCAUCCCAUAAUAGACCACUUUAGAAGACACUGAAAGUGCUUGCAUUUACGAAAAAUCUUAAAAUGUUAAAUAGAAUCACUAGAAUUGCACUUUGUUUGCAGUAGAUGAGCUGUGAAUGUAGUAAACAGAUGAAAAAUGCAGAUAAAUAGAAAUGAAACAAACAUUUUAGUUGUCUAAGUUUACGUAUUCAUCUAUUCAUCCACUCCGUCUCAACCAACAUUUAUCUGAACUGAAAAACUUGCUUAUUGUGCAAAAAUGCAUAAAUGAACUGCAAAGCCUCUAAUUAAUUAGAUAAAUUUUCAGAAUCACGUCUCACCAGUAGAAAUAACUUGACCUUCAUACGUUUCAUAUCAACAGGCUGCUCUUUAACUGUUUAUUGCAAUUUUCAAAAAGCUCAUCAGUCUUUAGAAGAACACAUUUCCAACCGCCUCGACGUUGUUCUGCAGUAAAAUUAUCUUAAUUUAGCGUCGCCUCUGAUUCCAUCCAUCGUUGUGAGUUGUGGCCGCAGCUCCAAACCCUGAUUUAAGACUCGUAUGAAACGACAAGGACCAUGAAGAGGACGUGUGAUUAUGGAAGCAUCUGAAAUGACUGGAUGUUGUUGGUGUUUGACCGCCUUAUAUCUCCGCUUUUAGUCUUUAUCUUCCACUCUCCAUGUGCUCCUCUGAUGAGCCUCUAAUCCCAUCUUCUGAUUGGUUUGUUCUCCCUCUAGAGGGCAGUGUUUGAAUGAAAGAUCCUCCAACUGUAAGCACUCAUCAAGUAGAGGGACGCCAAAAAACUUUAUCACUUUAUUCAAACCAGUUAUUCAAACCAUUAGUUAGAUACAAAUGGGGAAGAAGGGAGAUGUUAGCGAGCUGGAUGUCUCUACUGAGAGGUUUAUUAAUGUGUAAUUAAUGAAGAGAUGAAUGAUUCAUCUGUGUACAGCCAAACAUUCAGGCUUGUUGCAGCAGUGGAACAAGCUGCGCCUUUGUGAGGUUCAUUCCAAAAUAAACCACCUCGAAGAUGCUUUUAGAGACACGUAAUGCUGCGGAGACAAGAUGCAUUUCUACGUUUCAUUUCCAGAGAAAGAUGCGUCUCCUUUUCCUUCUCUGCAUCUUAUUUUUUAUUUGCACCUUUUCUGUAUUUUCUCCCUCAAAAUCUUCUCCUCUUUCCUCACCUUUCCCCCCUCUCGUCUCCUCUAUCAUCCAACCCUCUCCUCCUCCUCUCCCUCCUCCUUUCUCAAUGAAUCUCUCCCAGGUUCGACCCCUCCCACUGAGCUCCUAAUUGUCAGCCCUGACGAAAACUUGCGUAACGCUUAAAUACCGUGCGCGCCUUGUUGUUGCACUGAGAGUGGAAACUUGUUCCAAGCGAGGCAUCUUCUUGUGCGUCUUUUUCUUUUCAUUUUUUCCUCCCUUCUUUCUUCCUCUGCGCGCGUUUUGUUUUUUUUUUUUUAAAUUCCCGACUGAGCAGCAUGCAGGUGUCUGUGGCCCUCCUCGUCUCCAGCGCGGCGCUCCUGCUGCUCCAGGGAUGCUGCGCCGCCGUCAAGGGAUGGAAGGAAUUAAAAAAUGAUGCCACGGAGAUUUUACCGGAGUACCGGGAGAACGCGCGGACGCCCCAAGAGGCGAUGCUGCAGGCGGCCGGCGGCAACAGCAGCAGCAACACGGUGAAUAACCGGGCGAAAACCGGCGGCAGGACGGGAAACACGGUCACCUACAGUGCCUCUGAGCUGAGCUGCAGGGAGCUUCGUUCGACCCGCUACAUCACCGACGGAUCUUGCCGCAGCGCCAAACCCGUCAGAGAGCUGGUGUGCUCGGGCCAGUGCCUCCCGGCCCACCUCAUGCCCAACUCCAUCGUCCGCGGAAAGUGGUGGCGGAGCAGCGCCUCGGACUACCGCUGCAUCCCGGCACAUUCCCGGACGCGCCGGGUCCAGCUGCAGUGUCCCAGCGGCAACACCAGGACUUACAAAAUCCGCGUGGUCACCUCCUGCAAGUGCAAGCGCUUCAGGCCUCACCACAACCAGUCGGUGGCCAAGGAGGUGCCGAAGACGCAACGCAACAAGAAGCACAGUCGCUUGUCUCAGGAUCGGAGCAAGAACAACACGCCGCUGACGGGAAACUCGUACUGAUGCGACUCGGAGACGCAUCCAGAGACCGAAGCACACUCAUACGCACGCACGUUACACCACACCAAACACAUCUCCUCCGGAUAGGAAGGGGGUGCAAGAGAAAAAUUCAAAAGCGAGAGCGAAUUCAUAAGCUAGUUGCUGGGCUGAUUUUUAAGUCUGUGUUUGUCAGCCAUCCGUCAGCGUAUUUGUGAACAUUUUUUUUGCUUAUUUGCAUGACAACAUGAGUCGGCGCCAUGACGGUGUCCGGUCAGGAGAUGUAGCACCACGUUGAUCCUAUCGCUCCAAAAAAAAGAUAAAAAACUCCCCGGGCUCGGUUCUGUCCUCCACCCUAAAGCAAAACGAGAAGUUCCUCCCAGAGGCUUCGGCAGAACAUCUGUACAAACAUCCAGCGGCUCUGUUUAAGGCUGAAAAGGUGUAUCCUUGCUCCAGAGUGGUUGUAAUCCGGAGAUGGUGGCAGCUCGGGGGUCUCCGACGGUGGGAUGUUGACAGGUUUCUAGAGGCCCCACUAAAGGCUUCACUCAUCGGGGAAGACCUACAGCGAUCUCCGGCCUCCAGCUAUACCUGCCGGGUCGCGGUAGAGCUUUUCCCAGAGCAAACAGAAAGCAGUUCUGUCGGCGGGGGCAUUCUUGUGACUCUUAAUUACCUAAAUGAGCCCAUUCCUGUGUUAGGACUUGAGUCAUAAAAAGCCAUUUCCUCCAGCCAGUUCCUGUUUGCUGGAUCUACACACACAAAACAGAAAAAACCGCAGUGCACAUGGCGUGUAGGAGGCAUCAGAAAACGUUAUGUUGUUACCUAGGGGCACAGCGCUCUCCAACACACCCACACUGGAAUUUCUUUUCGUAGCGAUCCAAGCAGAGCAGCGAUCGACGCAUCGGCCGCCAAAAACCCAUCUGUUGUGUCAAGCCUGCGGGAUUCACAACACCUUCCACGCCUUCCUUCUCCGCAACCCGUGCUGUAAAUAGCUCAGAAAGGAAAAGAUAGGCGUAAAAAUAACAAAAUGAAAACAGUAAUUCAGUUGUUUUUGUUUUAAUCAUCGUGUUGACUGCCGAGGAUGAGGAAGUGGCAACGACUUGACCUCCUCCUGCCCUCAGAUUGGCCCAUGAAGAGUCAUGUUUAAGCAUAUUGUCGGCACUGCGUUGUUGUUGUCUGGCUUCUUGUUUUAUUUUUUCCUAACUGUGUGUUUGAAAUAGCAACUGGAAGGGGUUUUGUGAUUGUACAUAUCAUACCUGUGUGGUCUUCUGUUGGAGGGAGGCAGGGCUGCUUUCUACAGACACUAAGAAGGACUCGUACAAAGAAUGAACUGCAUAUUUAUUUUUUAUUUUCCACAUUUAAAUUAUUUAUGCAACCUUUUGUAGUUAAAUGAUAGCCAUUAUUGUCAUAUAGUAUGAUAGAGACUUUGGAAGUGAAAAAAACUGUACAGUACAUGAAUAAAGUAAAGGCAGAUAUAUUUGAAAGA